CUUGGGAGGAGGUUUCUAGAAACAUCUCCACUUGCGCCUCUUCAACAUAUCCACAGAGUCAUCAUCACACUCAAAAUCAAGAUCAAGAACCCAUUUAUCAGUCUUUUUUUCUUUUUCUCUCUUUCUCCUGGGAAUCUGCCUCAUACCUCAUACAUACAUUGCAUCUGGGAACCUUGGCCACGACAGCCACGACAGCGUUUCACUGCAAUUCCUUGGAAAUCAGGUUUUCCGUUUCCCAUUUCCAGCCCAUUCGGUUGCUACAGUCUCAUUCACCCCUUUAGUUCUACGCAAUUCUAAUCUGUUUUUUUUUAUUGUUCAUUCUGACUCGACGUCAUCGUCUUACUUUGAUGCUCAAGGAAUACAAUCACAUAAUUUGUGUCUAACCUAUUGAAUCUUGCAACGAUUCCUAUUCGCUGGCAGUCUUUCCCGAGCCAUACAAGGUUCCAUGGCUGUGGCAUCUGGACCCAUCAUUCCGCGCGUUGUAGGCGCAUUAUCUUGCCAAGAGGAUUCCUACCUGCAGAGGCUCAAGACGGAAGUGGUAUCUUGCGUCGAAUAUCAGCCACCCGCAGAGACGUCGAAGCCGAAAUCAAAGAAGUCCUCUAAAACCCCAAGCGAAACCAACUCUACGACUGCCAAAACUUACUUGAUAGAGUUUGCCGAUUCCGUUCUAUUCCCAGAAGGCGGAGGUCAACCAACUGACCAUGGCUCAAUAACUCCCCUUUCCGGAAGUCCUCAUGACACCAUUCCCAUCGCCAACCUACAGCGCCAUGGCCUACGUUGUGUAGCAUUCUCUCCGAAACCCCUGGAUCCUGGCACCUCCGUCCAACAAGAUGUCGACUUCAAGCGCCGAUGGGAUCUCAUGCAGCAGCAUACAGGCCAACAUCUGUUAUCCGCCAUCAUGGACACCAUGGACCUUGAGACUCUGGGCUGGGGGAUGGGUGCGGCUGGCGAGAUGAACUAUGUGGAGAUCCCCAGGAAGCCCACAGACGAGGAACUCCGCUCAAUCCAGAACCGAUGCAACGAGGCCAUUCGCGAGAACAUGACCAUCACCGUGGAAACGCCCGGAAAUGUGAAAGCCGAUAGUCUACCUGAUGACUACGACAAAGACAAGGGCGUGGUGCGCUUCAUCAAAAUCGGUGAUUUGGAUUACAACGCCUGUUGCGGUACCCAUUUGAAGCAGACCUCACAUAUCUCGUUAAUCCUCCUGCACCACACCCAGCCAAUACGAGGAACCAAUUGUCGGCUGUUCUUCAGUUGUGGCGAUCGAGCUAUCAAUCUUGCAGCAGAGUCUAUCAAUUCACUCCGGACCAUUGGUGUCUCACUGUCAUCCGGCUCCUCCCCCACCGAAGUACAGGGAACAGUACAGAGGUUACAGGAAUCUUUGACCGACGCAAAAAGAAAGGAGAAGAAGCUUCUAGUCGAAGUUUCGAAAUUUGAAGGUGAUCGCAUAAAGGCUGAUCUGGCCGAUGGCAAGCCAGGCUGGUGUCAUCGACCCACAGACGGUCUUGACUUCCUGAACUCUGUCGUCAUCGAGAUCAGAGACGCGCUGGGGGAGAAAGGUGUUGCUAUCUUGGUCUCUGGUCAGGAGAAAGAAGUAGGAUCGAUCAUGGUCAUCGGCGAAAGUUCUCUCGUAGAACAGAAUGCGGCUAAAGUUAAGGAGAUUGUCAGCUCCGUGAAAGGAGGUGGCAAAGGAUCCAAGUGGCAGGGCAAGGUGACUGAAUGGAAGAAGGGUGAGGUUGAAGCUUUACGAAAGGCAGUGCAGGGAUAAAACCUUGCGUCUGUUUAACUCUCGAUGGCGCAUUGUUGGGACAAAUGAUUUGAUUAACGAUAUAGACAAGAACUAUAGAUGAUUUAUAUGUACAACGCUCCAUCAUGCAUCCAACUACGGGUAUCACAACAUUAUUGCCAAUGUACAAUAUCCAACUCAGAC